GGAGCAGCUGCAGCCGCGGCGCGGAGGGGACAGCGCCGGCAGCAUGUUUGGGAUGAUCAGGAACUCCCUGUUCGGGUCGGUGGAGGGGUGGCCCUGCCAGGUGCUGAGCAGAGGGGAGAAGGAAGAAGUAACCUAUGAAGAAAGGACAUGUGAAGGUGGGAAAUUUGCUACAGUGGAGGUAGCUGGGAAACAAUUUGAUGAGGCCUCCAAGGAAGCGGUGCUGAAGCUUCUGAAAUACGUGGGAGGAACCAAUGAUAAGGAGGUUGGGAUGGGCAUGACUGCGCCAGUUUCCAUCACUGCCUUUCCUGAUGAGGACGGCUCCUUACAGCAGAAAGUGAAGGUCUCACUCCGGAUUCCGAGCCAAUAUCAGGACAACCCUCCCCGUCCUGGUGAUGAGAGCAUUCAGAUUGAAGAGCGAGAAGGAAUGACCAUUUACUCCACGCAGUUUGGUGGUUAUGCCAAGGAAGAGGAUUAUGUGAAUUAUGCCGCCAAGCUGAGCUCUGCCCUGGGGAGCGAGGCAGCCUACCACAAGGACUUCUACUUGUGUAAUGGCUACGACCCCCCCAUGAAACCGUACUGGCGACGCAACGAAGUCUGGUUUGUGAAGGAGUGAGCCACUGGCUUGCAAAGGUGUAGGCUGAGGCUGAUGUCUUCUCCAGCUUGUAUGUAGGUGGAGUCCUUGCCCUGUUCCAAACAAAACCGCAGGCUCGCAGAGUCAAAAAAGACCUUCCCAGGGUCUCAGUUAUUAACAAAAAUAUAAUUAAAAAUAAUACGUGAACCCUCCCCAGCAAAGCCUUCUGCCCAGGCUUCUCUCCUCCUAGGAUCCCCUGGCUUUAGGAUCUGACUCUCUCAGGUACUAGUGCUCUUCCUGUUUCCUAGACUCCCUUAUUCUCAGGUGGGGAAAUGAGCCAGCUGCACCAAGGAGUUUGCAAAAUCACACUCGCUAACAGGUGGGUGUUGCUUGCAUUCACUGGCAGCCUGUUAUGCUCCUCUGAAACUGGAGAGAGAUGCCUAUUGUUGACUAAAGUCUUUAUAACAAGUGGCUUUUCCACUCUGAUGGGGUGUUACGAUAGCUUAAUUCCAUGCUACACUGAUGCUUUAUCUGUUCCUUUCUGAAAGAGUAUAAAGGGGCUAGAUUGCUGCUGCUGAGGCGCUGUGCAGUGAAGAUAGCAUCAUCUCCAUUUCCUAGUAGUGCACAAGGGAACAGCAUGCCAACAAUCUGAUUCAGAAACCUGCUCGAGAGGAAGAGCCAAGAUUAUUUGUACAACUUCCUGACUAGGAGAUGGAACUCUUCAAUGUGUUACAGUUCUCAGCUCUCUCUCCCAGACUCAACUGCAAAGAAUUAAUUGGAAGCUAACUUUAUUACUUCAUGGAUCUUGCUGUGCAGCCAAAAACAUUUAGAAACCUGAAACUAUCUCCCUAUGAAAUGUGAAGUUGCUGCAUGAAGCAAUUUGGUCUAAUUAAAAAUAUUUCCAACAUUUAUUCUCUUCAGCAUCACCAACAAAAUCCCACUCUGCAGAAGCAAAUACUUUUUCUUGAUUAAUAGAGAUAAAGGAAUCUGCAGC